AUGUACAGAUGGAACUUCCUUGACGACGCGGAGGGGCCUUGGCAUCGCGUGAACAAAGUCAGCGACUACUUAUCAGUCUCCAUACCCAAGACUGUUCAUCCAAUCCUCACAGCGCCUCCAGAAACACCCGCGUUGACCAGUCGCGAUGCGCAGUCCGCAUUGCAGCCUGCAGUUAGGGACCUCGCGCGCCGCCCUUUGUACACAAGCGUUGAAGGAACUUAUCGAAAAAAAUUCGAUAAGCCUCUUGGGAUUCUAAGAAGCACAGCGUUACGCCAACUGCUGCCAACGCUGCCGCUGUCGCAUUACCACGGCGGAGCUCCUUCGCCCCUACUCGCUGAGGGAACUAGAGCCCUGGCAAGAAACGAUGUCCGACGUAGGCCCACUCACCGCCGUGGCGGGAAGGCAGGAAGAGCUCUAAGUUCGAGCGGCAGCGGCGGGGCGUUACCAGGACAAAAAGAUGACGUCAGGCGCCGUACACUCGUCGCCGCAUUAGAAAACCACCCCCGGCCCAAUGACGGCGCAUUUGCGAAGCAGCAGCAGCAGUUAACUGCUGCACCACCGCCGGCACCACCACCGCAAUCGCCACAAGUACUGUCACCCCCACCGCCGCCGCCGCCACCCCCACCCCCACCCCCUCCACCGCCGCCGCCAGACACCUCAGCAGCAGCAGCAGCACCGCCGCCGUCGGAACAGGAUAUGGGUCAACCACCAGAGGAUGGUAAGGGGGUCAACCAAGGUACGACAAACGACGACGGCGCCGCCGCCACUAAGUCCAUCCCAGACCAGGCCGAGUACGACGAGGAGGGGACAGUAAACGGCGCGGCGCCGCCGCCGCUUCAGGAAGCGGAAACCGUCGCGCAACCGACAGCUCCGUUCGGCGUGGGUGGAGGUACGACACGAGCUAGCCCAACGGCGACGGAGGACAUUCCUAGUGUUGAUGCUGCUGGCUUGAGCAGUACGACGUUUCCGCCACCCAAGACUGUGGAAGGUAAACCAGCGCCGGCGCCGGCGGUAUUGCCGUCGGCGGCGAGCAGUGCUGCCCAGUCGCCGCCGGCGACGACGCUAGUGCAGAAGGUUAAUGUGCAGGCGCCGGCGGCGACGGAACGUACGACCUGGCUGCCGACGGCGAUGCCAGCGCCGAGGGUUACGGCCUGGUCGCCGGACCAAUGGCCCGCGGCUAAGGGCGGCAAUACCUCGACGCCGUCGCUGACGCCAGCUGCGUUGCCGCCGCCAACCCCCAAGGUUGCUGUCCCGCCACCGACACCAGUACGGGCUGGAAUCCCGAAUGGCGCUACCUUGCCGCCACCAGCGCCGCCGCCACCAGUGACAAAGAGCGUGGCCCCGUCGCCUUCAACAAUGCUGCCGCCAGUACUGAAAGGCGCUGCGCCGUCGCUGGCGCUGACGUCCCCGCCGCCGUCUUGGAGGGGCGCGGCUACCACGCCGCCGGCACUGCGGCCGUCGCCAAAGGACGCUGCCUCGUCACCGCCGCCAAAGGCUUCCGGGACGUACAAGAAAAUUUGCAAUUAUGAUUUUGGUAACCCCGGUUUCAGCGAAGCCACCGGACACUACACCCAAAUGGUGUGGGCGGAAACCACCACCGUCGGAUGCGGCUACACCAACUGCGGCGCCAACGGUGUGGUCGGACUGCGGAAGAACACAGGCAUCCUGGUCUGCCACUACAGCCCGCCCGGCAAUCAGAACUACCCCGCGGCCUUCAUCCGCAACGUCCUGCCGCCCCCAGUGUUUCCGGCGGCCUGCCCCGCGGGCUUUGCUGGCCACCGCCGCCGCCAGUAG